AUGCCCGUCGACCCACAAAAACUACCCGCCUACCCACCGCUAGCCGUCGUUGAGCAGAUCAUACUCAAGGAGAAGAGGGGAAACUGCGUUCCGGUCUAUGUCGAGCUUCCUGGCGACCUCUUGACACCAUGCGUUGCAUACCUGAGAAUAGCCAAGGAUGCGAAAUACAGCUUCAUGCUCGAGUCGGUGGUCGCAGGAGGGCAGAUUGCGCGGUACAGUUUCAUCGGGGCAGACCCAUUCAAGGUGGUCAGGACAGGUCCGUAUGAGGAGAACACGGGCGACCCCAUGGCAGCCUUGCAGAAGGAGCUGAGCGUGUACCGAUACGUCAAGCUCCCGGAGGUGCCCACAUUCACGGGCGGCGCGAUCGGCUACGUCGCGUACGACUGUAUUCAGCACUUCGAGCCGAAGACGAGGCGGGAGCUGGACGACAACCUCCACAUUCCCGAGGCUAUCUUCAUGCUCGUCGACACCCUCAUCAUCUACGACCACCUCUACCAAAGUAUCAAGGUCGUCUCCCAUGUGUUCAACCCCGGCACCACAGGCCCUGUGAACCUGUCCUUCGUCUACCAGACCGCAGUCGCGAAGGCACGAAGGCUGGCAAAGCUGGUGUUGUGCUCAGCGAUUCCGGAGGUUCCACAGCCGCCUAUCGUUCUCGGGAACAGGGCGGUGUCGAAUGUGGGGAAGGAGGGCUACGAACACUUCGUGACGAACCUGAAGGAUCACAUUGUAGCGGGCGAUAUCAUACAGGCUGUACCAUCACAGCGACUUGCACGGCCGACGACCUUGCAUCCGUUCAACGCCUACCGCCAUCUCCGCAGGGUGAACCCGAGCCCGUACAUGUUCUACUUGGACUGUGGCGAAGUGCAGUUGGUGGGGGCAAGUCCAGAGACGCUCUGCAAGGUGGAGAAGAACAAGGUGUACAACCAUGCCAUCGCAGGUACCGUCCGGAGAGGUCAGACGCUUGAAGAGGAUGAGAUGCUGGGGCAGCAACUGUUGUCUUCGGAGAAAGACCGCGCAGAACAUAUCAUGCUGGUAGACCUUGCGCGGAACGACGUCAACCGUGUCUGCCAACCGAAGACUGUCAAAGUUGACCACCUCAUGCGGCUGGAGAGGUUCAGCCAUGUUACACAUUUGACGUCGCAGGUGUCUGGUCAGCUUCGGGAAGGGAAAACGAGGUUCGACGCUUUCCGUUCCAUUUUCCCCGCAGGCACGGUAUCAGGUGCACCCAAGAUCAAAGCUAUUGAGCUCGUCUACGAGCUCGAGAAGGAGCGGCGCGGUGUAUAUGCAGGGGCAGUUGGGCGGUUUGACUUUUCAGAAGAUGAGAUGGAUACCUGCAUCGCGAUACGAACCAUGACAUUCAAAGACGGUAUCGCCUACCUGCAAGCAGGCGGCGGCAUUGUCUAUGACAGUGUUGAGGAAGAUGAAUAUAUCGAGACAAUCAACAAGCUGAAGGGUAAUGUCAGGGCACUGGAGAGGGCUGAACAAUAUUGGUACGAAAUCCAGAUGUCAGGCGCUGGCACCUCUGCGUAA